AUGGAUUUGAUCAUUCCUUAUUUAUUUUUGAAUAUUAAAACAUUUCAACUUUAAUACUAUAAUUAUUUUGUAGAUAUGCAAUUAAUAAAUUUCUUUUAAAAAGUUUUAUCUCUGAUAUAGAUUGACACAAUAAUAGAAUAAUUAUGGGCUGCAAAAUGUUUAUAUAAUCAUAUUAUUUCAGUUUGACAUUAAUUUUCAGAUAAGGAAAUCUGUGAUUUAUAUAGAAAUUUAUUGAAUCUUUUGAAGUUAUUAUGUAAACUAUAAAUUUAAAAGAAGAUUGCUGAAAACCCUAUAAUACCUAACUUUAAGGAGAAUUAAAUUUUUUCAGAGGUGAAAACAAAAUGCAGACAGUAUAUAAUAUUUAAUAAUAAUUUAGUUAUAAAAUUUGUAAAAUACAUAAGUAUUAAUAUAAUUAUGAAGGUUUUUGUUAAGAUAAAACAGAAAAAAGUGGAAUCUAUGUUUGA